CUGGCGUUACAAGCGCCAUGCUCUACCAACUGAGCUACAGAAGGACCACCCAUAAGAACUUUGACAUUAACAAUAUGGCUACUAUUAACAAAGAGUUGUUGUCAAGGCAACUGGUUCAUUGACCUAUAGAAUGCCUCCGUGCAUGGAAGACUGAGGAGGUAUUGUCUUCACUUUGCACAUGGUCCAUUUCAUGAUCCAUACAUUCUAUACUCCAUAUUAUUCAAAUGUGGCAUAGCCCUUUUCCCACCUUCCAUGUAGCAUGACGUUUGCUUAUGAAUGGUUGAUGAUGCAUCUACGAAGGGUCAUUGAAGGCUUCAUAAAAGCUUUUCAAGUUGAUUCCAACAGAAACAGCUCAGUGCCACCGGUCCCGGUUGGCAUGUUUCCAGGUGUCAGUCAGAGCUCAGAUGGUAGUGUGCUCUUAAAGGUCUGCUUGGACAACAGUCGCUCUCUUCAGUUGUGUUUCCAUGAAAGAUGGUGUAAGAAGUUAAGAUAGUGUAACGGUCAGUAUUAUUCAGCAUUUGGGACAUCAAUACCUUAACCAUUAUAAAUUUCAACUUCAAUGGGGUAGGGACGUCCAAACGUUUCUGGAUCGCACUGACCAUAGUUUAACUGUAGUACCCUUUUUUUGGUCCUUGAGCUGUUCUUGUCUAUUAAUGUUCUGUAUUAUGUCAUGAUUUAUGUGCACCACCAGGAAGAGUAGCUGCUGCUAUAGCAACAGCUGAUGGGGAUUCUAAUUAAAUACCAGAGGAAUGUGUUAUGAGAUAUAUGACUAGCUAUUGACCAGGGCUGUCUCUAUGAACCUGCUGGAGACACUGCACAUACAGUGGUAGAAGGUAGGCUGUAUCUAUGGCUGAGUGAGGGAUCUUUACAUUCUAUUAUACUACACUAGAUGUUCUGUGAGAAACAACACAGUCAGAGACAAGUUGACUGUGUUUAGGGUUUUACUGAGUGAAUCAUGCUGCCUGAAUCAGCUCCAAGAUCCAUAAUAAUGGCUUUUCUAUCCAGAGACGAUGAUUGUUGUCUUGAUUGAUAUUUAUAGCCAUCUUAAACCCAAAUGACAAAUCGGUGUAAAACAAAUAAGGUACAUCAAAAUGGUAUCCUGAUAAUCGGGUAUUUAUCUACCCAGGGGUCUUGCUGUUCAUUUGGGGUUAUUACAGGCCCCCUAUUGGUCCAUCAGCUGGCUGUACAGGAGCCAAUACCGGAGCUUGUAACAGCAUGCUCCAGCCAUACGACAUGCCUUUUUGUUUUUUAAUGAUCAAGAAGCUCCUUAAAAAUGUUGCCCUGCGCUCCUCUCCCAUACAAGGGAGCAGAAAGGUAGGGUGCGCACACAGCUCGGUGAGCUAUACCCCCGCCCCCAAACCAAUCAAUUCAGAGAACCACUGGCUCCUUCAGGAUCUCCGGAGGGCAGAGCUUCACUUGAACAACAGGAGACAGACAAAGCUGAAAAUGGCACGGGCAGGAAGACAGUUUUCCCUGAUCUAUACUGGAAUCCUCCUAGUGUUAUCACCAGAGUUUCUGGGGGCCGGCCCGGUGAGGCAGAAUGUGGAGGAGGAGGAGGAGGCAUCUUCAGUAUCCAGGGAUGUCCGCAGCAAGCGGAGUCUUCCUGUUCACAUGCCCGUCCUCCAGCGGCUCCCUGACUUCUGGGGAUGGUACAGAUUCUUCAUGGAUACUGGCAACCAGGAAGGAAUCGAGGAUCUGGACAAGAUGUACAUGAUCUACCUGCAGAACAAGCACCGCUCCGAGGAGGGUCCCAACUUCAACCACUACCUCACCCACCUCAGUGCUAUCUACAAGACCUGCGCCGAAUCCGACGACCCAGAGUGCAUCGCCGAGUCCACCAGCAAGCCCAAGGCCAAGGUGUUGAUGCCCUCGCCCAUCAAGACCUUCACAGUCGGAACGUGCAACCCUUAUAUCGACCCCUACUGCCUCUUCCCCAUGGCCCCUAAGAUGGCUGCCCCAAAGCCUCCUCUGACUCCAGCCCCGGCUCCGGUCAAAGCUGCCCCAGUGCCUGUCCUGACCCCCUUCCUGCCGUACCCUCAGAAAACCCCCACAGGGUUCUACUAUGCCCCAGUCCUGGAGCCCUUCCUCACCGCUGAGCAGAAUACAGAGCUGCUGCGUAUCUGUAACCCUGACGACACAGAGUGUCUGCAGUACCACCUGCGCGCCGCCUACGGCUACAGGCCCGCUACUGGACCCGCCCCGUCCUAUGCUGCCCUGGGCUGCAAUCCCACCAAGGACCCCUACUGCCAGCCUCAGCUGGUGAAGAAGGGCCCCUCCGGCUUCUUCCACCUGUACCCCACCUGCGACCCAGCCACCGACCCCCUGUGCAUGGCUAGCGUAGCGACCCCUCCUCCCGCUCCCCUGGAUACCCCCAAGGAGCAGCACUGCAACCCCCUCUUCGACAAGGGCUGCAACCCCCUCACCGCCACCAAGCUGGCGGGCCUCACCAAGCCCGUCCUGGAGUACACGCCAAAAGACGUACCGGCCCCCGCCCCUUUGGCGUGUGACCCGCGCUACGACCCAUACUGCCUGCUUGGUGCUGCCGCCGCCCUCUAUAAGGCCCCCCCAGCGCUGCCUCAGUUCCAGAUCCGAUCCCGCCUGGGCGUCCUCGGGAAGACCAAGGAGGGCCAUGACUGCUACGUGCACUACGACAAGGACUGCACUCCUGUGAAGGCCAGCGACGAACCCAAGGCCCCCGCUGUACCCCAGUGCCACCCCUACGACUUCACCUGCAACGGCAUGUCCGCCCCCACUACCCUCACCGCUGAGGCCAACAAACCCAAGAGUGGUGUGAUCUUGCCCGAUCCCGACUGCGACCCUGAAUACGACUACAACUGCCGCCUUCGUCGCGCCGAGGACUCCCCCGCUGCGAUGGAAUCAGCGACGAAGGAGCAGGUGCAGCAGAAGGCAGGGCCCGGGUACACUGUCCCACAGUUACAAGACUUCCUGAGGAGUUACAUGGCCAUGGGUCAGUACAGGAAGAAGUACAUUUAAAAAAAACACACGUCACACAAAUGUCAACUAGACGCUAGAACGCUAGAACUGGAAGAAAGUGAGACAAGUUCAUGUUUUACACACACACACUCUCUCACAGUCCUCCCAAGGUACUGAAAUAUCUCCCAUGGUCCAAUACUGCAAAAGCAGAACAACUAGUGUCUUAUCAACAGGAAGUUCCAGACCUGCAAUAGUUAAUCUGAUUUGCUCAAUUACAGUGCCUGAAGGUAUAUCAUUUUACUGACUGUGAUAUCCUGGCUAUCCUGAAACCCAACAUGAGUCCCUCUAGGUUUUAUGGUCCCAUAGAAGUCUAUGUGAAAGUUGCGCAUUUAAUACUACGUUUGUCUGUAGAAAAAAAAUCUGUAUUGUGUUUGUAGAAUAGGGAAGCUAGCAGACUUGAAUAUGGUCUAAUCUAAAUUUGUGUCAGUAUGUUGGUAUGUUUUCUGUGGUUGUACAUUGUCCAUUUCCAGUGUUUUGUGAACAUUGUCUCUCCUGAGUGUAAUUUAAUGUUGUUUUCAUAGUAUGUCUAAAACCUGUCAACCUCAAACCCUUCCGCUCGUUAGUUUGUUAAUUUUAUUUCCAAAUAAAACA